CUGAGAGCUGAAGAUGUGAUGUCAGCCUAUAUAGUCAGAGCUAAAGAGGUUAAUCUGGUGGUGAAUGCAAUCGUCGGUGAGCAGUAUGACAGGGCACUGAAGCGAGCCCAGGAGUUGGAUAGCAUUUUAGAUUCUCUGACCUCAGAAGAAAUCUUGCAGAAAUAUUCAGAAGAGACAAAACCACUUCUUGGAGUGCCUCUCUCAGUCAAAGAAGCUUUCUUUUGGACAGGCAUGGCCAAUACUUCAGGCAUUCCCAGCCGGAAGCACCUGAGAUCACCUCAUGAUGCUCCAGUUUUAGUUAAUCUCCAGGAGGCUGGUGCCAUUCCCUUUAUCCAGACCAAUGUCAGUGAGGCGUGUAUGUGGUUCGAAUCCUCCAACUAUGUGUAUGGCUGCACCAAUAAUGCCUAUGAUACCACUCGUAUAGUGGGAGGCAGCUCAGGUGGCGAAGGAUGCAUUCUGUCUACAGGAGCGUCUGUGAUCGGUAUUGGUUCGGAUAUAGGGGGAAGUAUCCGAAUGCCAUGUUUCUUCAAUGGAGUCUUUGGACACAAAGCAAGUUUUGGUGUGGUUGAAAAUUCUGGCCAGUUUCCUAUUGCCAGCCAGUCUGCCAUGGUCCUUCUGAGCACAGGUCCGAUGUGUCGAUAUGCCUCCGAUCUCAUCCCGGCCCUCAAGGUCAUGGCUGGUCCAAAUGGCAUUUCUAAACUAAAGCUAGACACUGAAGUGGACAUAUCAAAACUGCGGGUGGUCUCAGUUCCUGACGACAGCGGGUCCCUGUUAGUCAGCAAGGUGGAUCCCGAACUGAAAGCCAUUCAACGGAAGGUUGCUGAUUAUCUGAAAACCAGAGGUGCCCAGGUUACAGAGCAAUACAUUAGGAAGUUCCGUGCCAGCUUGGACAUGUGGGCAGGAAAGAUGAACUUGUGUGAUGAUGGGCCAUCAUUUGCCAGUUUGAUGUCCGGAGAUGACAGUGGCCAGAGCCAUGUCAACUGUUUUGCCGAAUUUUUCAAGUGGUUGAUGGGUCAGUCCACUCACACAUUGCCUGCCCUUGCCCUCGGUAUGUUUGAUGAUGUUGGGCCUAAAUUGACGAAAAAGGCAGACAUUAGAGCUGUCCAGAUUUUAGAUACUCUCCGGAAAGAAUUGCUUCAGUUGCUAGGUGAUGAUUCUGUCUUGCUGUACCCCUCACAUCCAAAAAUCGCACCUUAUCACAAUCAUCCAAUAUUUACUCCUUUCAACUUUGCAUACACUGGUCUAUUCAACGCUUUAGGUUUCCCGGUCACUCAGUGUCCACUUGGCUUGUCUAAAGAAGGAUUACCCCUAGGUGUUCAAGUUGUUACCACCCCAUAUAAUGACCAUCUAUGUCUAGCUGUAGCCAAAGAAUUAGAAAAAGCAUUUGGAGGAUGGAAAAAUCCAGGAACAAAUUCCUAA